AUGAAAUCCGCGAAAGAACUGAAUCUGUCAAAAAUGAACGAUGUGCAGCACUACGAUCCAGCUUCUUCAUCCCCCCACACUACACGAGGAGGGGAUACAAGCGCCACACAUCACCAUAGCAAUGCGAAACGCCAUUGUAAGGAAAAUAAUUUCGUUUUUUUUCAUACUCCUGCGCCGCAUAUCAAUGAUCAUAAGAUGCUAAAUUUUUUGUUUUCAGGAGAAAAUUACAACAAUGUGGACUCCUACUCCCCGAUGGCAUGUAUGGUACUGGACGACCCUGUACUUCCUGGAUCAUCUGGGGAUGUCGGAGCAUAUAUGGUCGACAACUAUGCGUCCAGGAGACAGAAUUGUUGUGCCAUGAAUGAAGACGAGCGUGGAUCGCAGGAAGCACCCGUUAGGGCACCAUCGCCGAAGCCGUUGAACCAACAUGUCUUAUUUGUGGAUAAGCCCCAAGUACGUCACCACUCUUUUGUUGGAUCCAGCAAUGAGCCUUUGAAAGGCAUUCUGAGGCACACAAGCAGUUUUACAUCAAGGGCGAAAGAUGGGGGCUGCUUGAGUCAACGUCGUAUAUGCCCAACGACAGUUGAGUUUGAUAUUGGUGGGAAGGAGGUGCAACGACACCUGUUCAAGCGAACGCAAACAUACGGGUCGACUUCAGAGGAAUCGUGGAGCGCAUCAUCUGAUGAGUCGCGUGCAAAAGAAGUUACGAAAUCAUGUGACAAGAGCCGCGUACGUACUCUUGUUGUGAUGGAGUCCUCGCCAGAAGAAGACAAGGACGUAGAAGGGAAGGAGGAAGCUUCAGCUUAUCGGGGUCCACUUGUCAGGGUUCUCCAAGGUGAGCAUGCCAUAAAAGUGGUGGGAGUUCCAGAUAUGCUGAUUACACCAGAUGAGAUUGUCACGCAUCCGAAUAACUCCAAUUCAACGGAAUCAGUGGAAUUGAACAAGGUGAAGGAUUUGUUUAUUUCCGGUUACUCCACAUCAGUGAUUUGUUUAGAGGGGUCGGGCUUGACGAGGAAGGUGCCAGUUUUCGGAUCUCCUUCUUGGUGUAUUUUAAAAGAAUUUUUGCGUAGGGUUAUUGAUGAGGCUAUGGAGGAGGCGAGAAGAAGUGUCAAUCACAUAACGCUUGCAGGUGCUUUUGCCGCAAUAAGGAAAGAUGAGGUGGCGUGUCUGCUCGAGAAACGUCCAAAAUUUAAGUGUUUGUCAGUCAGUCUCUCUCCACUUUUUGGCAUGCAGUUUUUGGGAUUGGAAUAUCGUAACAUUCGAGAUAGCAACGCCUUUGACUCCAUUGUGCACGAUGUGGAAGAUAACUGUAGUUCAUUUCAGUGUACUGAAAUCAGCUAUAUUGUGUUUUCACUACUGCUCAAUAAGCGUGUGAUGGGAGUAACAGAUGAUGAUGGGGACAUAAUAGUGGGCUCGCUGCAAAUUAUUUUUCUUGGAGAAGCUGUGGGAAACCUACUGGUUGCUCUGCACUCGUCCAGCGAGGAGCCACAAGCCGUUUUAAAUGAGAGUAUCUAUGGUGCUUGUCAUACACUUAGCGUCUAUGUGUCUCACUUACACGACACGCGGGCAGCCGAAGCAUUUAGGCUACAAAAGUCGCUUAUGAAUGUUGAACAUUCUCUUCCGCGAUACGGGGGUGCUCGAACACUCCUGAAGACUUUGGAUGAAGCGAUUGGAAAGGCAGAUGCACGUCUAAUGAAGAUUAGCAAUCUAGCAGAGAAGAAAAGCACUGAGAUAUACAUUGAGAAUCGUAUGCUACUCAAAAAAUCCUUGGAUGUGUUGUUAGAAAAGGUGCGUCCGCAAAAAUAG